CCUUAUAACUGGUGUACCUUAUUUAUGAAGUCAGCUAGACAGACAGGAGGGAAGGGAGGAGGGAUUUAGCAAACUGAGUGAGUAAGCGAGUGUGUGUGAGAGUGUGAGACCAAAACACACAGAGAAAUAGAUGGAAGGGCGGAAAGAAAGAGAGGAAGAGAGCGACGUGAACCAAGGGAGUAGGAGAGUCUUGGGUUACAGGAGCGUUAAGGCGGUUGGGUUUGUUGGCGAGGAUCGUAGCAGGGGAUCUAUUUUUCCUCUGUGUCUGGAUCCCUCCUCCCUGCCGUGGACCCCAGGAGAGUUAGGGGCCGGUGGGCCAGAGAGGACAGGGGCGUGGGGUAGCAUGGGACAGAGUGCCAGCUAUGCUGAGACAGUGCCCCAGCAACACCAACUGCAACCUGCUCAACACAACACUGAUGAUGAAGUGGACUUGCAGCAUAGUACGACAGGGAGCGAGGGGGGGAACUCAUCAGGCGAAACCCCUCCCUCCAAACGCAAGGGCAAGUUCUCCAGCUUCGGCAAUAUGUUCAAGCCCUGGAAGUGGAGGAAGAAGAAGAGCAGUGAGACGUUUAUCGAAACCUCAAUAGUGUUGGAGAGGAAGAUCUCGGUAAGGAGACCUCGUCAGGAGCUGAUAGACAUUGGAGUACUGAAAGAACUUCCAGAGAAUGAGAGCAACGAUGUGAACCACUCUAAAGGUCCGCUGGUGAAGAAUGGCCAGCCAGUACCCAUGAACGUUGACCGGGUCUCAGAGUCAGGGGUCAGGGGGUCCCGGGGGGAGCCAGGCCCAGGGCUCAACCCCACCUGGCUGCCCCAGGGAGAGGACCCCCGGCGGGGCACUGUCUCUUCAGACGACCCCCGGAGCAGGAGCAGGGUGCCCUCCGAUGCCUCGCGCUCCAACCGAGCCCCACUGGACGUAGACUCGCACACCAGGAUAUCGGCCAUAGAUCUGGCAAGACGGAGCAGACUGCCCUCUGACGUGUCGGAGAGGAGAGGAGGGUCACUACCGAGAGGGCCUGCUCAGGAGGAGGGGAAGCACCGGAGAGAGGGGAAAGAGGACAAGAAAGAUGACAGGGAGAGGAGAGAUGAUAGGGUAGGGAAAGAAGAGAGGGACCGAGAUGAUCGAGAGAGGGAGGACAAGGAGAAGAGAGAUGGGAAAGGAGGAAAAUAUGACAGAGAGGGAAAAGAGAAAAGAGACGACUGGAGAGAUGAGAAGAGAGAUGAUCGAGAGAGGAGAGAUGACCGGGAAAGAAAAGAUGAUAAGAGAAUCGAUCGUGAAAAGCCAGACGAAAGGAGAGAUGAUCGUGAUCGCAGAGACGAUGGGGAAAAGAGGGGGGAGGAGAGGGAUAGGAGAAGUAGUCCUAGGGCUGGGAAACCAGAGACCCUCUUGAGACCUGUAGAAGGGAACCGUCCGGUGGUCAGACCCCACUCCGAGAUAGAGCUGAGACCCAGUAUGCAGAAGACCUCAUCAGUGGACCUCCGUAGCAGGCUCCGCCCUGCCUCCGAGGCUUACCGCGGGAGCACCCUGCCCAAGUACAUGCCAUCUGAGGAGACCAAAGGAGGGGAGACCCGCGGAAGAGCAGAGUCCACUGGUGUCCGCUUCGCCCCUGGCCCCACCCCAGACCCUGACUCCGCCUUUAACUCCUCCUCCUCCCGGAGAGCGCAGCCUCCUACCAAACAGGCCAUGCUCCCUCCCAAGGGCCAACCCACCAGCACCACCUCCACGGAGCUUGGCCGGACCUCCACCCCACCUUCCUCCUCCACCUCCUCUGCUAUAGCGGUGGCCAAGCCACCCAGGACGGUCUCCCUGGUCAUCAGUGAUGACCCUCCUCCUCCUCCCACCCACUCCAGCCCCGUCCCCCCUGCGCGGUCCAGCCAUGUACCCCCAUCCUCCACCACGGGGGAGUCGGCCACCCCUCCCCCUGUACCCCCCCAUGCCAAGCAGCCACCUGUACCCCCACCCAAGCCCUCCAACCGGAACAGCCAGGCCGCUCUGCUUGCGUCCACAUUGAACAGGGCCUCCAGGGUCCACGGUCCCCAUCCUCCUCACUACUGGACCAGCUGGAGAAGGCAGGGGGAGCUGGGCCUCUACCUCUCCCUGCCCACCUACCUCCACUGUCGACGGGCUGAACAAGCCUGCUCAGCAGAGCUCUCUCAGGCUGGCAGUGGUGUCAUCGUGUUUCCUGCCCCCACCAGGCGCUCUCCACCCACUCCGCCCAAGAGGAUGACCCCCGUCACCAAGCGCCACUCUGAAGACCCAUCCCCUGAGGCAGAGACCUCCGGCCCCUCUAGUCCUGUCCCAGUCCCCGUCCCCGUCCCCGUACCUACUGUCCCCUUACCCACCAGCACAGACCGAGACGACAACCGGGACACCCUCAGGGCAGUAGGCCUCCAACUACCCACCUCUGACCCUGCACCAGCACCCCGACCUCUGUCCCAUAUACCCAUGUCCGCUCCCAGCUCCCACCCACCGCUCCCCAACCCUGCCUCCGUCCCCCUCCCUAUAUAUCAGAAGGACCCUCCCAGCCCCACCACAGAGCCACCCAGCCACCCCCCAGCCUCAGUCCCAGCCAUCCCCCUGCACAUCCUGAUCCAGCGGGCCCUGUGCUCCCCCAGCCCGGCCCAGGCUAACCCAGACGGAUCCCAGAGAGCCCACUCCAUGCUGUUUGAGUCCCCUCCAGAGUUUCUCACUGAGGCUGGAGUCCGACGCUCUCUACCCAUCACCAUAGAACCCCUCAGACUACCUGAGGAUGAUGACUUUGACAUGCAGGAGGAGUUGGAGAAGCUUCACCCCAGGCGGAUGCUGCCCCCCCAGCCCCCCAGGCAGCUUGAGCUGGAGCCCAGGAGCAGGAGGGUUCUGGUGGGGGAACCCAGGGUCAGUGUGAUUCCAGAGGGCCGGGGUCCCGGAGACAGCAGUGAGGAGGAGGAUGAGGAGACAGACUCUGACGGACCCAUCCUCUACAGAGAUGACGAUGAAGACGAGGACGAAGAGCCACCAAGUGCCUUGGCCAGCCGUGUGACGAGGAAGGACACCCUGGCCCUGAAGCUGGAGAGACAGCAGGAGAGAGAGGAGCAGGAGGGAGGAGAGGGACAGGAUGGAGUCGGCUGGCAGAGCAAGGAGCAGUGGGAGGCACUCAGGAACAAGAUCGGUACCACGCUCAACAGGAGGUUGAGUCAGAGACCCACAGCAGAUGAGUUGGAGCAGAGAAACAUCCUUCCAGCCAGGAACGAAGCUGAUAUCAGGGCAGAGAGGAGUGAGAUCAAACGCAGACUCACCAGAAAGCUGUCCCAGAGGCCCACUAUUGCAGAGCUUCAGGCCAGGAAGAUCCUGCGUUUCCAUGAGUACGUAGAGUGUACCACGACUCAAGACUACGACCGCCGUGCAGACAAACCCUGGACCAAGCUCACUCCCUCUGAUAAGGCUGCCAUCCGCAAGGAACUGAACGAGUUCAAGAGCUCUGAGAUGGAGGUUCACGAAGAGAGCAGGAUUUAUACGAGAUUCCAUCGGCCUUAGCUGUGCUCCCUGGCCUGGCUGCAAAAGAAGCACUUAAAUGCAAUACGGAGCCGGGGGUUUGCAGGACUGCAAUAUGGAGCGCACAGACCCCCUGGUGACUGCAAUAUCCACAGCCCCCUGUCCUGGAACAAGCCUGUUCCUCUCCCAGAAGGCACACUAUUGAUGGCUGCAUCUGAAACAAUGGACUAUGAAUCAAUGGAUGUGGUCCCUUGGUCGAUCCAGUCGUUGUUGAAACCCCGGACUAGAGGUGAGGCCCAUCGGUCCAACCCCUCGAAUAUGAAACCAUGGGACUACUGGUACUACUGUACUCCAGCGUUGAUCUGCCUGACAAGACGACCCACAGGGGGAGCAGGAGGAGGAGAAGGAGUGGUUUAGGCCUAUUUCAGAGGCCAUUUUGUAGAUUCCCUGUGCCAACACUGUGACUAUUACGACAGGAAGGACAAGAGGGACAGACAGAGAUUGUGAAAGAGAAUGCCCUGUUUUUUUCAUCACAUCAUCUACAUUCUCUCUGUCGCUCCCUAAGGCAAGAAUGUUCCCAAGAGGCCUUUCUGUACCUGCUUCAUAGAUUUCCCUCAACACUUUGCCCUAUUUUUAUUUGAGAAGAGGAAAGAAUUGUAUACGUAUUGAUUGUUGAUCAUGAUGAUGGUCGACAUUAGUACACAGUGGUACUAAUGAUUUAAUGUCCAAAUAAAUGAGAUACUGAACUUUGUUAGAUAACAUGACACUGGUGAAACCCUCCAUGUGUGUAUGGGUACCCACUGGUACCGGCCUUAUCUCUGAUGGGACAAUACAUGUAGUGGUACGUUAACUGUACAGAGGAAAUGUGAAAUGGCUAUAGCUAGCCUACAUAUAUCGGUGACGGGUUUAAUUAAAGUAAAACUCAAAUGUAGCCUCUACUAGUCCGCUUACUAGCUGUGUUACAUAGACCUUCAUCUUAUUCAACAUAGCUCCUUUCUCCCCAAAUUGUACAAUUUGAAACGUUAGAAAUAAUAUAAUUUAAUAAGACACAACAUAAAGCUUACAUACACUAUACUUAUUUCACGGAUGGUGUUGAAAGACUGCGGCAGGAACAUAUAUUUUACUUCACACGUUUUAUGUAACUUUGUAUGUAUGUAGGCCAAUGGUUGGCCUCAGCUGUAUAAACGUAUCCUGUAGAUUGAUUUAAUUGACUUUAUAUUAAAUACUCUGUCUUCCUAAUGUUAACAAAAAAAUGUUUUAAAUGUAAUUAAAGUAUUACAACAGUGCUAUUUUCUAAUAAUGUUACAGAAAUUGGUACAGAAAGAGUUCCCUUAUUUUACAGAUGUUUUUUAUAAAGAGGUCUUUAAAAUGAUUUGCAAACCUACUGUAUAAAUGAAUGUUCAACUCGCACUCAAAUUAAAAGAAAAAUGGUUUAUCAUAAAGAA